CAUUCGUCUUUCGACCGUAAAGUCUCAUGAGAUCCCUUACCUUCCGCUGAUCGUGGAGGCGAUUGCAAAUUUGGCUGUCCCUGGAAAGUGAGCAUACAUCAGAUCUGUCCACCCAAAAGCACACGAUCGAGACGGAUGAGCAAGGAACUAAAAAAGGCCGGUUUGUUCCUCGUCCAUUUCACGAGAGAUCCUCUUUCUCGGACGUCGUCAUCGGCGUGCGCUCAAGACACAGACAGUAUAGCAGUAUUCUUUCUCGAUCUCCCGAGGUCUGGAUCGACGUGCCUACCGGUUUGGCGGAUGAUGGAGAAGAGGAAGGCAGAAUGAAAACAAACUCCAUCAUUGAACAACGAGAACGCUUGGAGGCUCAAGCUCGCUUCUCACUCCUCUUUGAAUUCGUGUUGUAUGCUUCCAAAGAAUAUCCGUUUUCGUGUUGAAAAAAAGAGUGAGUAAAUCGCAAGAUUAGACUCGACGAGCUUCUUAUGUUCACAACAGUGCAAUAAUACGUGUUGGUGCGUGAGAGUCCAUUCUCUGAGCAAACUUUGGCCAUUUCUUAUAUCCGCAGCUUGUCUGGAUGGCUUCACCCUUGAGCUGUUUCUUGUUGAGUCAGUGCGGUUACAGCUUGGUCUAAACUCCGUGGUCCAAGAAGACUACCCAGUUGCAGUAGAUUUAUUAGGUGUCAAAAAUCAUGCCUCCCAUCACGGCCAGAUUGAGGAAGGCUCCUUCCAGACUUUUAGAGAGGGUUUCACAUUGGACGAGGCGGGCCCGAUCCGCCUCUAGAACCCGAAAAGGAAGUGAAUCCUCUGGGGGUGGAACAAAAGACGAAGAGAGUGUAUCCGUCCCAGAUGAGCCCCUCUUGACGGAGGAGGAUCACAAGGAACUCUUAAGCCUUUUGAAGCAAAAUAUUUCUAUGGACUUCAUUCUAGAAAUGAAGGAAGCAUUCCAACUCUUCGACAAGAAUGGCGACGGAUAUAUUAGCGCUAAAGAGCUUGGUGUGCUCAUGAGGACCUUGGGUCGAAAUCCCACUGAGGACGAGAUAAUGAACAUCAUGAAUGAGAUCGACAUUGAUCAUAAUGGCAAACUGGAUUUCUCCGAGUUCACCAUGAUGAUGCGGGACAAGCUGGCCAACGAGGACAUGGAGCUCGAGAUCAAGCAAGCAUUUCGGGUGUUUGAUCGAAAUGGAGACGGAUACAUCAGUAAGAUCGAGUUCAAACAUUGCAUGAUGCACUUUGGAGAGCAAUUCACCGACGAGGAGGUCGAGGAGAUGAUUGCCGAGGCUGAUUCCAACAAGGACGGAAAGAUUGACUACACGGAGUUUUCCCAAAUGAUCUUGAAGGAGAUCAAUAUGGACUCCCAAACGAAGAGUUAAUACACAGACUGGCGGGCUCAAGUCCUAGUCUCCCAGAAUGCCAUCGCAAUUCGCAACUUAUGCUUCCCGAUUGAUCUCUCUCUAUUCCCUGGGCCCCUUUAGGGACGGGUCCGGGAACACGUUCAGCUUGCCCAUUUGCAUUUGAGACGUCACGAGAUCCGAAUCUCCACCGCACGAAUGACGAGACUUCUUUUUUGAGUGAGGAAUAAUUUUCUUCUACUGGCAUCCACGGGCAACUUGCGAGUUCUUGUGCCCAAUCCUUGAUGAUAACACUCUGUGGAAUUCACUCUUACGUUAUUCCAUUUCUGUGAUAAUCUGUGGCAAUUCUCUGUCCGUUGCUACUUUAGCUCUGGUAGAGGGAAAUUUCGAGUUGAGUUCAUUCACCAGAUUCUAGUGAGUUUCAGGAUGCCAUCAUAUAUUUCGAAAUACAAAUUUUAUUUUUCACUAUACCUAAA